UUCUGUCAGGUUGUCGCCUUCGACAGUUUCUUUUGGUGAACGUACUUGGUUAGAAAAGUGAAACACAAGAGACCAUGUCCACCAACCUAGUACCUUCAAGGAAAUAAGCUUUUCUUUUUCAUGCAGUAUAAUAGACGUUUAAAAAUAUGAACACUCGCCAUUUGCAACCUCAAAAAUCGAAAUUUUCCAAUGGAACUGUGCACCUUGGAUACUGGGCAAUUUGUUGAUCCAUUGAGUCAAUUACAAUUAUUUUGUUUUUGUAUCCUUUACAACUGCCUUUUUGAUGCUAUUUCCGUCUACAAUUCUCUCUCAGAACUUUGGCUGAAAUGGACGAAAAUAGAAACAAUGUCAAUGGAGCAGUUGUCAAAUGGAAAAUUGAUUAAUUCCAUGCAUCCAAAUGUACUUUGGCGCAUCUGCAUUCUUUGAUUUCACAUACUUUUUACCGGCUGAACGAAGGAAAGUGAAAAGUAGUAUUUCAAAUACCAUCACGAAAGGAGCAUUAAUAUUUUCUUUUAAUAUUUCUUUUCCUUUAUAUCAGUUUCUUUUUGCUCCUUUUCAGUUCAAUUUGUCUUCAGAGCAAAAAUCCACAUGUUUAGGUACACUCUCUCCAAUUGCAAACAACUGCAAUUCAUAGACGCAGUUUACAUUGCCCUGUAUUUGUAGAUACAAAACAGGUUUUCAAAUUUUUUAUUUUUAAAUUAGAAGUACUGGAGGUUUUAUUUAUUUUUUUGGGGAUUCGCUCUCAGUUAUAAAAGGAUUCAGCCAUAUACUUUUUUUUUGACAUUAGACAUUAUGAGUGAUGUCAAACAGCUUUCUUUUACACCUUCGAUUUUCAAGAAAAUUGCUCCUGAUCAAUACUUGUCUCACUUGCUAGAUCAAAAUAUACGUUCCGACGGAAGAACGGUUACUGAAUUUCGUGAACCGCAAAUUCAUACUGACUGCAUUUCUACAGCUAACGGAAGUGCUAUUGUUCGAGCCGGUGAAAACGUUUUCGUUUGUGGCAUCAAAGCAGAAAUUGCUGAACCCACAGCCGAUGCACCUGAUCGCGGUUGGAUUGUCCCUAAUGUGGAAUUAGGUCCCCUCUGUAAUUCCAAGUUUAAACCGGGCCCGCCAUCUGAUUUGGCCCAGGUUGUAUCCCAGCAAUUGUACCAAAUUUUGAUUCAAACGAAACUAAUUCAUCUUCAUUCACUUUGCAUUCACGAAAAGAAAGCAGUUUGGGUCCUCUAUGCCGAUAUAGUAUGCUUGAAUUAUGAUGGAAAUGCUCUUGAUCAUGCCUGGACUUCUUUAAUGUCAGCAUUAGAAACAACCAAACUUCCUACGGCUGUUUGGGAUGAAGACUUGGAAAAGGUAGUCUGUGCAUCCAAUCUCACUCGACCGGUCCAACUCAGCACAAGGGUAUUUUCAUUUUCUUGGUCUGUUUUCAACAAUAUAAUGUUGGCGGAUCCAAUCGAUGAAGAGGAAUCUUUGUCAAACGAAUUCCUUACCAUAAUGAUGGACACUUCUAAAAACAUUUCAAAAAUUACGAAGUUGGGCGGUUCUUUUAUUCAAGUCGAUAAGUUAAAGGAAUGCGUAGAAUUUGCUCGUAAACACAUAAAGUAGAUUUUAAUGGACUCUUAAGUUGUCUGCUUAACUAAAAACGUUUAAUGCCUAGCUGUAUAUUUUUGAUCCGGUUGUUUAGUGAAGGUUUCUAUUUAAUUUUGACAGUUUCAAGUAAAUGAAAUUUUGUAACAUUAAUUUAUUAUGUAAACCCA